AUGACUUUGUGGUUCUCCAUUGUUUCUAGCCAGUCAUGUCGUCCGCUCGGCUGCUUGCUGUGUGCAGCACCUUUAAACGCCAUGACCGUCCACCUAAAAGGUCAUGUGUGCUGCUGUAUGAGUAUGCAUUGUGUGAAAUACUUGACGCGACAUAGAAGUGCUGUCACGUGCUUGCGUUGCGGGUGCCUUCCCCUUCGGGCUGUCUGCCGUAAUACUUCGAGGAUCAUCAUCCACAAACCACAGCUCACUGGCAUUGAAUCGCCCUUACACCUAUCGCACAACGCACGCACAUCAGCCAUGCGUCCUGCACAGCUCGCCACGAAGGCCGUUCAUCUUGCGGCCUCAUCGAAUGGCCAGCAGGUUGUAUGUCGCUCAUGCAUGAGCCGACAAUUCCAUACAUCCAACCGACGGGAUGUCGAUCCGAAUUCGUUCUUCGGCGGUCUCCAGGAACGGAUAUUCGGAUCAAAGAAACCAAAGAAAAAGGUGCAAGUACAAGAUGUCGCGGAAAAGCAGGAGGCUACCAUCAAACCCUAUCGUUUCGGGACCGUUCUAGGACUGGACAAGAAGAAAUAUAAAGUCGCCGCGUCUCCCAUCAGGGUUUCCAAAACCCCAACGUAUGAAGCGGCGAAGACUGCGGAUGGCUUGCCGCGAGUGGGAAGCGAUGCAUGGGCGAAGCGGCAAGGUCUGCAGAAAACCGUAUACACUGGGUUCAAGCGACGUGCAAAGAGGACGUUUCAUCCGAUUAUCCACCAGAAGGCUUUAUUGUAUCACAUAGCGGUCGAAGUAUUGGCGCUACACCAGCAAGGGCGUGAUUUGUCGAAUGUAUGCUUUGGGCGCAAGGCUGCGUGGAGCUCCUACGACGAUGUGCGCUUAUGUGAGAAGGACGGAAAACUCGCCCUCGAAUCUCUCGAGGAAGGAGCAGAUCUCGCCAUCACUGCGACUAUACCAUCAAAGUUCCAGGAGGUGUCUCCAGAGACCGCCGAUGAAAUUUGCGACAGAAUGUCGGAGAAGAUAGACUUUCCUGAAUGGGAUGGAGCAACGGAUUACAAACGCUUCGAGCGCUUGCCGUUCCCAUCACGGGAUGUCAAGCUUGCAAUUCUCAAGCGUAUUAUGCAAGUUUCCGGUCAAUCGAUCCCGGACCGAAUAAUGAGUACAACCAACUCGCUGAACGAUCUAGUCGACGCCCUCAGCAAAAAGGAUCCUCCCGCGCGACUCUUCGAUGCACCACAGAUCCAACGCGGCGCAAGUCUCCCCAACGUGACCGUCUUUUCAAGAAGACGCACCAAGAGGAAUGCGGAGGAAGCAAUUGGUCGCGGCAAACUGAUCGAGCAGGCGCUCGGUGAGCAGGGCCUGCUUGACGCUAAACUGGCCAGGAUGGCACAGAAGAAGGAGAAAUAUGAGCAAUUCCUGGAGCGAGCCCAGCGGAAAAAGGAGACCUGGCUGAACGCCACAGAGAAGGAGAGGCGAGCGAUCAAGGCAGAAAAGGAGAGCGGAUUGCGUUUGGUCAGCGCUCGACCGGGCGAGGCUCGUACUCGUGGCGUGGAGAAAGCUUUGCAAUAGGCCGCUGCUGAGCGUGGCACGUAUGAAAGCAGCGCAGAAACAAGCGAGUUUGCAAGACUAUGAAGGAAAUCUGUCGAUGAAUGCUUGCAUCAAGUGGUGCAUUCGAGAGCUUUGUCGCCGGUCUUGCAAUUGUACAAAACAAACCCACAUUCCAUGUGUGUACAUAAAUAUUUC